AUGUCAAUUCUACUCGAUAUCACAUCCUUAAAGCUGGCCGACUUACCGAGUCUCCACGACCUCCCGCCUAAUGUUCUGCGUAUUAUACUGUCCCAUAUAGACACGGCCCAGAGCGUGGCUCAUCUCGCGGCAUCAUGCAAGAAACUCCACGAGGCAGUUGCCUCGCAUGGAUGGCGCAUCUUUGUACAGAGCCAAUUUGGGACUCUGACCCUGCCUGAGCGGUUGGAGAACGACGAAUGGGCUGCGCUGGCCGACAAGCUGACAUGGCAAUCGAGAGCGUGGGACCGUCGUGCCUUUGUCAUGGCGUCUCUCCUGCCGCACACCGAAGAGCAAUCGAUACCAUACUAUCACAACCGUGGCCGUGGCAGUUGUGGAUAUGGUCGUGGUCGUGGACGUGGUCGUGGGGGAGCACGUGGAAACGGCCACCGGUCAAAACAGACGAUGCCGCCUCAUGCCAUUGUCGAUGCGUGCCUGGAGCGUGAUGGUGGCUCAGAGGUAGAGACGCUCGCAUGGGGUCUGGGAGAGGAUGUUGUGAUCCGAUGGAGGUGCUCUCAACGCUCUGCGCUGAAAAACGAGAGGUGGAGCUUCAUGGAGGGCGCACCUUUGGGAUUGAAGAGCGGGCCAGACGACGUGACGGCUAUUUCCAUUCUCAAUGACGUCUCGACAAGUCAGUCUCUCCUCGUCGGUAGAGCAAGCGGACGACUGCAGCUCCUGUCUGGCAACCAGGAUGACUUUGGACACAUCGUGGCCUCGUUCGUGCCCGCCUCGACAAGCUUGGCAGGCCAGGCGCUCGAGCAGAGUGAGAUCCAGCACUUUGCUACGAGCGCGGCCCAAGAUAUUGCUGCCGUCAUCACCAAGAGCAAGUUGUUUGUCUAUCCGCUGUGCGGAAGGCCGGCGAACCCAAGCCACGCCAGCGGCCGUACAGACCUUGUCAUCGAGUCGACAGAGGCUCUGGAUAUCGGCAGCAUGUCGGGCUCCUCUCCGUUUUUGUCGCUGAGACAGAUUUGCUUCAUGGGAGACGGAAACUUGGCUUUAUGCGUCAAUAGAAGCACCGAUCCAGUGCGCCAUAUUGCGCGGACUCCCGCGGGCACCACGCUGGUAAAUGCAGCCAAGAUGAGGCCGUCGAGACGUUGUAGGGAGGUGCUUCUCUACGGUGAUGACUACUUGCACAAUGCCCGCGGUCUUCUGCCGGUUGACAUGGCUUCGAUACCCGGCGGCUCCGGAGGCGCCGUACUCAGCUCCUAUGAUGACGGCACCGUCCGGCUGCAGGACGUUCGCACCCCGGCGCCCUUUGACGCCAUCUUCCAAGACCAUUUCGAGAUGGUGGCCCCCAUGGGUCCGCUGGUCGCCUACGGCAAGGACCGCUUUAUUGUUGGCUCUGCUCGCGCCACCAUACUCAAGGUAUUCGACUUCCGCUGGACCAAGGGAUACAGCUACGUAGAGGCAAUGCCUUGCAGCGAGCAGCCGCUGGAGCCGCUGCCAAAGUCGCUAACGGACGUCCCGGCGCCGCUGUUCGCCGUCAGAGGCCAGUGCUGUCAUGUGUCUGGCAGGCCAUGCACACUGCAUGCUUUGGCUCGCACCGACUUCUACCGGCCAAACUGCAAUGUGUACCUGCCAGUCCUGAAGCAGACUGCGGGCCCAGUCUACUCGCUAGCCAAGCCGUCGGACCUGUCGGCCGUCGUCUAUGCUGGACUGACCCGGGGGCUAGCUAAGAUAAGCCUACGAGAUCCAGCAACGGAUGUCGCAGAGAGUGCGUAUGUGUAG